UCUUAUUGUGAAGGGUCUUCACAGUGACCCGGAUGUAAACAGUGCAGCCAUAUUGGCAGAAACAGAGCAGAUAACCAUCCUGACUGAUUGUUGUCAGACUUUCUCCCACACUCAUAGACUCAGCUGGACUCUGGUCGGGUUAACGUGUUUAAAUAUUUUAACUUUCUUUCGUGCCAGCAGCGGUUAGUGGUUCGCGGGGCCGUCAUGGGGCCGCUGGGUGACGACGCGGCGGCCGUAGAAACUUUCCGGCGUGAGACGGAGCUGAUCCUGGAGGUGGCGGUGGAGUCCGCGGUGUCUGUCCUCCAGGACAGGCUCGGACAGGCGGGAGAGGACAGCGCGGAGAGGCGGACUCAGCUGACCGCCGUCUUGGAUGCGAUGGCGAGGGAAGCUAUCCGUAAAAUCUGCAGAGUUUUCCGUGAGCUGUACGCGAGUUUAGCGAAGGAAAACGAAGCCUCGAAGAACAAAGUGAGACGUCUGGAGGUCGAACUGAGGUCGAAGGAUCAGAGAACGUCUGCCGCUGAGAAGAGCGAGACGCAGACGCUCUACAAGAUCAAACCAUCAGAUGGACCCGCCCUCUCACUGGACAUCAACCAAUCAGCUGUUACCCCUGCUGCCCUCGCCAUGGCCAUCCUCAACUCCUCCAAAUCCAGGCGCAAAGCCCGCCGCAGCCCUCAGGUGCCUCUGGUCAUCAUCAGCCAGCCGGUUCCUGCUCCAGUCACCAGCCAGACAAGCCCCGCCCCCCUGCUGCCGCCACCGCCGCCGCCGGAGACACCGGAUCAAACCGCCACCGUGGCGACCUCUGAGGUGGAGUUAGACAUUGUCCAGCUGUCGGAUCCUGAUGAACCCUCAGGAGAUGUAAUCCAGCUCUCCUCCGACAUGACAUCACUUCCUGUGGCUAAUAAGCCGCCAGCGAGCGCGGCGGCAGGCGCAUCGAUGAUGGACAGCGAAGACACGCCCACAUCUGACGCAACAGCUGGUGAGAUGAAGAUGAAGAUGGAAACCGUCGAGGAGCAAACGGCCAGCGACAGUCAGCCAGCCGUCAGUGAUGAAGAGUUGAAGGAGCAGGAGAGGAAGAGGAGGAGGGAGCUUUACAAAGAGAAGCGUUUCUUCUGCGAGCUGUGCAACAAAGGCUUCCAUCAGAAACACCAGCUGAGCAAACACGUGUCCUGUCACCGCAAACCCUUCCCCUGCAGCUCCUGCGACAAAGGCUUCUACAAGGCCAAGACUCUGCAGAAACACCUGCUGUCGCACCAGCUGAGGGAGGCGCAGGAGAACGACCCCGACAAGCUGCUGCGCUGCGACCAGUGCGACCGCAAGUUCAGGCUCCUGCGGCAGCUCCGAGUCCACCAGGCGUCCCACCGGCUGGAGAAGACGCCUCUGCAGUGCCGCGCCUGCGACCGCACCUUCACCUCCGCCGGCGCGCUCCGCUACCACGAGGUGUCGCACGCCGAGGUCAAGCCGUUCAUGUGCGACGUCUGCGGGAAAGGUUUCACCAGGAAGAAGAGCCUCCGCGAGCACCAGACCAUCCACACCGGCGCCCGGCCGUACCCCUGCCAGACCUGCGGGAAGAGGUUCUCCACCGCCAGCAACCUGCGCGUCCACAAGAGGUCGCACUCGGAGGAGCGGCCGCACAAGUGCUCCGAGUGCGACAAGGCCUUCAAGUGUAAGAUGGGUCUGCUGCAGCACCGGGUCGUCCACUCCGGAGAGAAACCCUUCGUGUGUCAGACCUGCGGACUGAGCUUCGGACUCAAGUACAACUUCCAGAGACACCUGCGCCUCCACAACGGAGAGAAACCCUUUAGGUGUGAGAAAUGUGGAGAAGGGUUCACGGGGACCUGGGCUCUGAAGACUCACAUGCUGGUUCACGGCGUGGAGAAACCCUUCAUGUGUGACCUCUGCGGGAAGACGUUUUUCUACAACUGCCAGCUGCAGAAGCACCAGCAGCUGGUCCACGACAGCAAGGACGGCGGCGGCGCGCGGGGAGAGACGAGGGGACACAAGCCGACGGGGGUCCGACCGUUCGUCUGCAAGAUCUGCCUGAAGAGCUUCAGCAGCAGCUCCAGUCUGAGGAAGCACGAGAGGAGCCACACGGAGAGCCAGGAGUUCACCUGCGACACCUGCAGCAGGUCCUUCCACCAGCGACACCUCUACCUGUACCACGUCCGGCAGCACGGCGGCGACCGGCCGCACGUCUGCGGCGUCUGCGAGAAGGGCUUCCUGCAGCUGUCGCAGCUGAAGCGCCACGAGAUGCUGCACACCGGCGUCAAACCGCACAAGUGCGAACAGUGCGGGAAAGAGUUCAGGACGUCGCAGAACUACCACCGCCACCUGCUGGUGCACACCGGCGAGAAGCCGUACGAGUGCAGCGUGUGCAACAGGAAGUUCAGGCAGUCCAACCAGCUGAAGUCUCACAUGCAGAUCCACACCGGCGUCAAGCUGUACGCCUGCGAGCGCUGCGGCCUCGGCUUCUCCGACUCCCGCCAGCUCAAGAAACACAGCUGCGGAGACGGUUUACAGAACUCGCUCGAGUCCGGCGGCAAACACAGGAAACAGAAGAACGUUUUCCCCUGGACGGACGGCUUCACCAACCCGUGAUUCACACGAACACAGAGUUAUAGAGCGGAACAGAUCGAUCAGACAUGAGACUGAAGAGUUUUUCUCAACUUGUUGAAGGAUUUUGUAAUUAUUUUUAUUAUGUAAAAUAAAUCUGUGAAAAACAGAAUAAAACUAGUCUUUAUAAUUUCA